AUGAAUACUUACCGAACAAACGUGAACAAAAAGUGCUGUUCCUACUACGAGUGUGGCAGCAACUCCAUCGCCAAUCCGAUGGUAACUUUUUUCGCUUUCCCCAAACAGCCGGAUCGAUGUGAGACAUGGAUGAAGGCGGCAGGCGUACCCGCACACUUGGUGGACAGUCGAAAUCAUCGUUUUUUAUGCGAACGGCAUUUUCCCAGCAUUUACAUUUGUCGCAGUCAAAGACGAACGUUGCUGCUGGCAAACGCUGUUCCCUAUCCGUACAAUGAACCGAGCGAGGAAUCGGAACGAGAACAAGAGUUGAAAAUAAUGGAGGAGGAACUCGUGGACGAUACGAUCGAUGAUUCAACGGAUAUUAUACAUGAAGAUUUUCAUCACGGUAAAGACUCGAUGGGCGUACCGCAACAUACCGAAACUGCGAUAAGCGAUGAAAAUCAGUCGGAAGUAGUUAUUGGAACCAUCAACGAUCAACUUCCAUUGAAUAUUGAACAACCCUCCGCAUCGUAUAUCGAUUAUAGCCGUAAACGGAAAGUCGUUGCUGCCAAACUUGCCGAAAUGAAAGCAAAACUGUCCACUAUUCAAAACAACACUGUUGCUUCUCCAGUUACUCUUAAGAAGAACCAAUAUAUCAAGAUGGAACAACUGGACGGUAGCAACGUCCAUCUGGUGCAAGCUUCAAAAAAGCUGCGAUUAACGCCAAGCGGUCCGGUCAGGGAAAGCAGUGCGGAAAAGCCAGCGAAAGAGGUGUUCAGAACAACGCUUAAAUCUCCAGUUUCAUCGUCCACAAAUGCAAUCGCAAUCAUUGAACAGAAUGAUGACACCUCGACAUCGCAGAACAGUGAUGAUACGGUGCUGGAAAAGGACGAUAAUAUUAGCGAAUUUAUCUUUAAGGGCAAGGAGUACGUGCAGAUGCCUAAAGCGUACUAUAUGAAAAACAUUAACAGACUAAAACGGAGUCUCGCGUUUUACGAGAAUAUUGUUCGAAAUAUGCGAGAAGUACUCGGCCAGGCGUAUCCAACCAGUUCGUUGGAUUGA